UGGAAGGCAUCAACAUGGCCGACACUUUGCCGAAAGAUAUGCAAUCUUUGCAAAUAAAUGAAAGUAACGAUGCAAAUACGACAGAGAACAAAGCUGCGUCAAGUCAUGAAGAUUGGGGGUUUCCUUUAAGUGACUUGUAUAAAAUGGCAUUGCAUUUUUAUAAAGAUCAAGAUGGCAAAGGUCUGCACCUGUCAUACAGAGAUAAGUUGAGGAUGGUGGCAUUGACAAAACAAGCUUCACAUGGUAAAUUCACACCUGAUGCUUCACCAGCUGUUGGCUUUCUUGAUGUGGUUGGCAAUGACAGAAAACAGAUGUGGAUAUCCCUAGGUGAUAUGUCUAAAGAUGGUGCUAUGGGAGAGUUUGUAAAGAUGCUAGACAGUCUAUGUCCACAGUUCAAACCUCAUAUACAGGCACAGAAGGCUGAAAUAGAGGAACAAGAAAAGAGAAGGAAAGAGGAGGAAGAAGAAAGAAGAAAAGAGGAAGAGGAGAAAGAGAGAAAGUUACUGGAGGACGAGGCCCAAAGACAGUUACAGAUGGAGAAACAGAGGCAGUUAGAACAAGAUCCAGCUCUGCAAGAAACUGACAAAAAACAGAUACGAGCGGCUCUCAAUCAGCAGACAGCUCAACAGUUUAAACAAUACGCAGAACAACAGUGUCCGGGAAAUAUCAAACAGCAAGAAGAGUUGAUAGGUCAGUUACAAGAGCAACAUUUUCAGCAGUACAUGCAGCAAGUAUAUCAGCAGCAACUGCUUCAUCAGCAACAACAGUAUCAGCAGCUACAGGCCAUGCAAGCGGCACAAAAGACUGGACAAACUGAAGCUCCGCAAACCAAUGAACAAACUCCACCCACAAAUAUCCAAACUCCACCCACAAAUGCUCUGCCCUCUGUACCAAAUGGCCCUGUAGCACCACCUAUAAAAACAGAGACUUCACAAAACAGCACAGAAGAUGGUAAAGCAGUGGAAGAAGAGGAUGAAUUACCUCCCAUUGCUGCAGCCUCUAUGUGGACGAGAAAAGACGUAAAAGAAUUUAAGGAGUCUUUAAAAAAGGACAAGGAUUCUGUGAUAAAAGUAGGCUCGGGAGAAACAGUUACUGUUCGUGUUCCUACUCAUGAGGAUGGUUCAUGUUUAUUUUGGGAAUUUGCUACGGACUAUUAUGACAUAGGUUUUGGUGUAUUCUUUGAAUGGACUAUAGCUCCCAGUAAUACAGUCAGUGUUCAUGUCAGUGAAUCAAGUGAUGAGGAAGAGCUGGAAGAAGAAGAAGGGAAAGCUAAUGACGUAGAGAAGGGAGGUGACAAGAGAGAUGAUAGACCUCCUGUAGACGAAAUCAUUCCAGUGUACCGCCGAGAUUGUCACGAGGAAGUGUAUUGUGGGAGUCACGCUUACCCGGGACGCGGAGUGUACUUACUUAAAUUUGACAAUUCUUAUUCAUUAUGGCGGUCAAAGACUUUAUAUUACAGGGUGUAUUAUAGCCGGUGAAGUUUAUUUUAUCUAAAAAGAGAAUUGUUAAUAUUGUAAGCUGUUUAUAUUUAAAUGAUUAUACAUGUAGUGUGUUAAACAAUAUUGUGGUGUACAAACAAUGGGCUAAUAGCAUUUAUGAUAAAUGCCUUGAAAGUGUAUCUGCAAGUUGGGCAAUAGUAAUACACGGUUUCCAUAGCAACUGUAGAUGUAGAAUGUUAAUGCUGAACAAAUUUUAUAACCAUCACUUUUUUGAUCAUUAGAUCUUCCUGUCGUCAGACAGUUCAGAUAUUGUGUUUUAAAACUACAAAUUUGUAAAGUAUUUAUUUGUGUAAAUUCUCACUUCCUCAGUUCUGAAUGAAUAUUCAACUUAAGUUUACUUUCCUGAUUUCAACUGUCCUAUGACAAAAAUAUCAAAUUUUGAUUUUGUGUGACAUCAUAGAUGAUGUCAAAAUAUAAAAUAGAAAACAUAAGGCAAACUGCUAGGGAGCAUAUGAAUUGCUCCAGUGAGCCCAGGUGCUCGAGCUGUCGAUGCACGAGUGAACGGUGUUUCACUGUAGAAAAAAUGUCGAAACUGUUGGGAUACAUUUCAUAAAAACCAUUUUUCCUUGUCAUCAACAUGAACAACCUCAUUUUACUGUUUAGUACAAUCAUAGGAAUGGAAUGGAGGGUGAUGUUGAAUUUCAAGUUGAGUAACUGACUGCUUACAUUUACUGAAUGUACAUUAUAUUGGUGUCAUUGUUCAUGUUACAUGUCAUAUGAGAGACACAAUGUUAUUGUUUUUGUUAAAAAGUUCUGAGAAAAUGACAAUGUUAUUUGAUGUGUGUUCUUUCAUGUUCUUAAGAUAAAAUAGUGUUAUUUGUGUUCAGAUAUUCCUAGCAUAAAUACAGUAUCUAUUUAAAACACUAUUUUUAUGCUUCUUACAUAUAUUAGAUGAGAUAGUGUCUGGAUCAGGGAACUUAUUCAUCAACGUUUUAAGUCUGAAAUGUAGAUUUGAGCUUUAAAAUGCCAUAUUUUCUUUUCCACUGUCAUUGAUGAAUUAGCACAGGUUAUAACUGAACUUUGCAUAAUUGUUCAUUCUGCAGUUACUUAAAGCUCAGCGAAAUUGCAUUAGUAUAAAUUGGCAAUAAACAGAAUAAUAGCAAAUUGAAUAUUUGGCAUUCUUAUAUUUCAGACUUUAAAUGUUGAUAAAUACGGGCCCAAACACCAAAAAAAUAUGGUUUAACUUGCAACAUUUGACCAAAAUAAUUAUUUAAGAUGGCUGUUUCUUUUUUCAUUCCAAUUACUUUUCACUUAUCUUGCGGAGAAUGACUAUAUUCUAUUUUAAGUCCCCAUAGAAUGUUUAAAAAAUUUGCUCAAUAAUCACCUUUUUUUGGAAAAUCCACUUUGAAUAAAACUUUUUCACAAAGUAUGUUUUCUUAUAUAUUUAAGUCACAUGACCAUUAAUAUUUAUAAUUAGGAAGAAAAUUGUUCAUCCUACCUAAAUCUCAGCAUGGAUUUGUCAAAAAAAAAAGUUAAAAAAAACAUUGUAUAACUCCUAAUAUAGAUGUUUCUGAGAAGCUGUAUUUUCAUUGUAGAAUUUGUGACAGUGAUAGAAUUACUGGCAUUUAAUGCUUCAUCUUUAUCUUGCCUUGAGUAUAUGAUUAUGAUUGUUUUUGUGUAUAUAUAAUAAUGGUUAAGAUAUAUGGGUGUUCAUUGUGUUUUUACUUGAAAAUCAGUUUGUUUUCAAAGAUCAUGUUAAAUCUACUAUAAACUGGAUGUGCUGCGGGAGAAUAAACUUUUGCUGAAAAUUAGCAUGUACAGAAGUGUUGGAGAUUUCUUCCACUUGUUUCUGAUCAAAUACCAUACCCUAAGUACCAAUGUAUAAUAUGCACCCAUGUAUCACAGUGGGCAAUAAUGUAGUUUUAAUUUGUUCUGUAACAAGUUACUUGAAAGGGACAUGCCUUCAGGUAUCCUCCCAUUGUUUUUAAACAGAAAUGUUUACAAUAUAUUUAUUAUCAAUAUUAUUGUAAGUUGAUUUUUUUAUGACUUUGAUAUAAAGUGAACUAAAUUUCUACUGUGUUACAUGAAAAUUUCAGUGUGUAACUUACAAGGUAGAUACUAAUUUCUUCUGUUUUACAUCAUGUUUUACUGUGUGUCAGAUGCAUUUUGUACAUAUUAUAAUAAUUAACACUGUAAAAGUUCUUUUAAAAUUUUGGAAGAUUUGAUGGCAAGUCCCUUUAAUGUGGUCAAAUUGAAGAAAGUAGGAUGUUUAGAAUAGAAAGGUUGCUGUAAUGGCUGUAGACAUUGUUUCUAAUCUUACAUAAAAUUAAAAACCUAAUAGUUAGGGUAUGAAGUUUAUAUUGCUCAUAGAGACGUGCCUUCUAUACGUUUUGCCAUAUAUAAUCUAAACUAUAUAUCAGAUAGAAAAUGUGCACAUUAAAUUGAAUAUAAAGUAUGGUCUCUUCUGACUUUAAUUGUUGAAUAUCACAUUGUUAGAAAAUGUGAUGGAUGUUUCAGCAACAUGAAAAAAAUGUUUGAAAGUACAUUCAUACUUAUACAUUGCAUAAAUUUAUUGUUUGGUUGGAAUGGUCAGUAAGGUGUAUCUAGCUGUAAUAUUGUUAUAGCUUUGAAGUUAUGUAUUUGUCUUCCUGUCUAUAAUCUUUAAACUUCCAGGUGAGCAGUGUAAAGAAACUGGAUGGUUCUCUUCUAUUACUUAUUUUGUUACACUUAAAACAUAGCAAUUAAGUACAUUAUCAUUGCUACCUGUAUAACUUCCUAGUUUUUAUAAAAGUUUAAUAAAAAUGUAUGCUCUAUCACUAGAUGUAGUGUUUAGUGUAUUGCUUAACUAUAGAAAAUGUAUUUCUGUAUGUUUUUGUGGGGCUGGAUUGUGAUUUGUUUGGAUAGAACUACAACACAAUGAAUAUCUUAGUAAAAUGAUCUUCAUCUAUCCAUUUGGUGUUAGUACAAUAAAUCUUUGGUCUUCCAAAAUGGAACUUAAACAUUAUUUUCACUCCAGAAGUGGCACAGGUACUUUACUUAUGUAACAUACUUGACGUUCUUCCUGGCAGUGUAGGUCAAGGUCAUACUAAAGUCAAACCAAGGUCAUACUGAAUACAAGCCAAGGUCUUACUGAAUACAAACCAAGGUCUUACUGAAUACAAGCCAAGGUCUUACUGAAUACAAACCAAGGUCUUACUGAAUACAAGUAAGGUUGAAGUAUUUUGAUGGUAAUUGGCUUAAAUGUCCACCUUAUUUAGACCAAUGUGUGGAGAUUCAUUGGUGAGAUUAUGUACAGAACCGUCUUGACUCUGGGUCUAAGGCUUUGUACUAAAAGUUGUGCUCAGAGUCAGAUGCUCAUGUUUAGAGACUGUUCUGCCCAGGGAUGUAAUUGUGCAUAUUAUUUUGCUAUCUAGCCCUGGCAUAGACAUUCUCCUAACAGAACAGUACUCUGAGCAUUUUACCUAAGGUCCAAAACACUGUUGGUCAGUAGUGUUGACUACUAGCCGACAAGCCAUUCAGUAAGUGUUUUAUUACAUGGCGUCAGGUAUUAAUUUUCAUAGGUUUAUUUUCAAACUUUUGGUUUAUUUGACCAGCACUUAUGUUGAAUAUAGACCUUUUGUAUAGCACAAACUAUGGACUGUCAGUUUAUAAAGCAUUAUGUAAUGGACGUAUUUUACAACUAUUCAUAUAAACUGUUAACCAACAAUGGUAUUUUGAGACUUAUUAAGUAACUGGUGUGCAGACCUGGGUCUGGAGACAGAUAUAUCAAUGUGGAGAAUUACUGCAACAUGCAUAUAUUCUUUUAUGACCGUAAAAUACUUUGCACUUCUGAUGACAUUUUUCAAAGACAUUUUCACUAAAGUUUAUUGUUUGCUUUGCAUGUUUAACAAGUGAGAAGUAACUUUAUUUUGAGUAGCAGUAAUAACUACUCUGCUUGAUUUAUAAAAACUUAGAAAGUAUAUUGUAGAAAAUGUUAGAAACUUA